UGUUAUUGUUGUACACUUCAACAUGACCAGUCAUCUAAAAAACCUCCGGAUUUGACCUUCUUUCUAUAUUUUACUGCGGCCUACCCACAGUAAUAAUAAUAUCUCCUGUUAGAUAUACCUUUCAACUUUACAUAUGGGUGGAAUUUGCCUUGUUGAUCGCUGUAUCUAAAAAUCCCCGAUAGUUUUGUCGGGGUAACCUUUUCUGUCGACCGUCUUAGGUUCAGCCGGGAGUAGUCGACAGAACAAAAACCUUGUUUUCAUUUUCCCCGUCCCUCUGAAACAUCAUGGACUUGAUGUUUGACUGGGAAUAUGAAGGAGAUAGGUUCUCAUUUGAAGACAGCGACCGUUUUGAGGAAGAUUCCCUCUGUUCCUGGCUAAGCGAGCCAGAAAGCCUGUGCAAUAAUUGGCGAGGUUGGAAAAGGCAAAAUGGAGGGCAGACGGUUCCUAGCAUUCGUGCACAGGAAAGCAAAGUGACUCCACUGGUGGAGCUAGCAGCGCAGGCCGUGGCUUGUCAUAUACCAUUUGAAGUAGUGGAACACUUCCCUCAGCCCAUUCCUGAACAGCUGCAGCUGCGCAUCGCAUUCUGGAGCUUCCCGGAAAAUGAAGAGGAUAUUCGACUGUACUCCUGCUUGGCUAAUGGCAGUGCGGAUGAGUUCACCAAGGGAGAGCAUCUGUACAAGAGCAAGGCCGUCAGGGACGCUCUGCAGAUAGGCUUCCAUCUGAGCGCUACAGUCAUCCAUCUGAACCUGACGCAGACCCAGGGGAAAGGAAGCUACAAUGUUGCCGUGGUCUUUGACCGGCGGCGCAUCUCUUCAUGCACAUGCACUUGCAACAGCAGUCCCUCCUGGUGCUCACACAUUGUGGCAUUAUGUCUAUAUCGUAUACAUCAGGCUACGUCAGUAUGUUUGCGAGCACCAGUGUCCGAGUCACUUUCGCGUCUUCAUAGAGAUCAACUACAGAAAUUUGCUCAGUAUCUAAUUACUGAACUGCCACAACAAAUUUUACCAACAGCUCAACGGCUUCUAGAUGAACUGUUAUCUUCUCAGGAAACAGCUAUAAAUACAGUGUAUGGGGCACCAGAUCCUACUGCUGGACCCCCUGCAAGUGAGCAGACCUCAUGGUGUUUAGAUGAAACAACUCUACAUGAAAAUGUGAAGAAAACUCUAGUCAAGUUCUGUGUCCCAUCUCCAAUAGUAUUUAGUGAUGUGAACUACCUAUCAGCCAGUGCACCUCCUGCAGCAGCAGAAUGGCAGAGUCUAUUACGGCCACUGAGAGGGAGAGAGCCUGAGGGCAUGUGGAACUUAUUGUCUAUAGUCAGGGAGAUGUUCAAGCGACAUGACAGCAAUUCAGUACCCCUGUUGGAGAUUCUCACAGAUGAGGUUCUACAGUGUGAACAGAUACUGAUUUGGUGGUUUGCCACGAAGGCCUCAGCCUCUAAUAACAGCAAUGCUGUGCACUGUAGCCGCAGUGGAAACAGCUCGGCGAAUGCCACCCAGCACGCUGCUGCGAGUCUGUGUGAAGAAAUAGUAACUCUGUGGCGACUAGCUGCUCUCAACCCUAAACUCUCACCGAUUCAAGCUGAUGAUCUAUGCACCAAGUUCAAGGAGUGGCACAUCCAGACAAUAGAGAAAGUCAGGAAAGCUCGCGGAUCUAAUUCCAGCAGUUCAGGCGGAAACAUUAAGAAAAGUGACAUCGAAAACUUUCCUGGGUUCAAACCUGCUAUUGAGGCAUGUCAGAUGACAUGGGAAGACUACCCCAUUCCUGGGGUAACCUACUCAGACAAAGAUGGAUCUCGGUAUGUGUAUCACUUUAGCUCUAAGGGCUCAGAUGGGGAGGGAAAGAAACCAUCCAGGGUGCAACCAGUCACUAUAUGCUCAGAAGACAUUAUUAGCACUGAUAAUUCUCGAACUCUUGCUCAUUCCCAAAGAUCUCAGGAUGCUCGGGCACGUGCCCGCCACGAAGGACGGCCGUUGAAUAUGAGGAGAGAUUCCGCCAUCAAUGAUGGAGCAGCAAGCUCAGGUUCAGAAGGAUUUUGUGAGCCGGAACGUGGAUUCCGGGACUCUGAUUCUAGUUACGAUAACAAAGGAUUUCACUCUAGGAGUAACUCCUUGGAUGAGCCUGACCCUGGCCAUGUAUAUCCAGGCCAGGUCUCACACAGGGAGAAUGUACGUGUCAUGGUGCAUCAGGAUAGUGAUGUGUUUGAUGACGGGGUAGUGGACGACCGACCAGACCCCGUCGGUCAGGAUCUCGCAAACCCCACCCCCCAGGAAGAAGGGGCCAUGGUGUCCCCUGGAGCUACAGCGCAAUCUAGUCAAAGUCUUGAAGCUGGUGCCCCUGCUGUUCGGCCUGUUGAACAAUCUACCUCAGAAUCACAGCAGUCUAGUGAUGAGUAUCAGAUGUAUUUCUAUGACCCUAAAUCAAAGCUGACUGAUGCAGACAAGAAGAAGAAGGACAAGAAUGAGGAGCCCAACUACUUCGCUGGCCUGAAGAACCCACAGGAGGCCAGCAAGGUCCCAGAGAAGAACCCUUCCUCUCAGGAUAACUUCCAAGCCUCUGCUCCUCUGUCGCAAAUACUGUUUGCUCGGGCAGAGGCUCUCCAUGCGCACGGCCACACUAAAGAGGCCUGUAAGUUGGCCAAGCAGUUAGCUGAAGACUUGUUGACCAACCCACCAGACCUUAUUGCGGAGUCGGCCAAUGUGCCAACACCAAAGUCCAAGAAGAAGAAGGCCCUGAACAACAUCAGCCUGUUAGCCAGUGCCACUCUGUCCAAGGCUUCCUUCCUGGUCAGUGUUCUGUGUGAAGGAGUGGAGUGCCACCAUCUAGCCUUCCAAGUCGGGAUGUUUGGACUGGAGCUUGCAAGACCACCUGCAUCCAGCAAGGCGCUUGAGGUGAAGCUAGCCCACCAGGAGUCAGAGCUGCUGCAGAUGUUGAAGAAGAUCCCCCUGUGGCCGGCCGAGCUGGGUGUCCUGCGGGACAGGGCAGAACAGUUGCGUGACGGCAAGCUGCAGACAAGGGGCGACGCCCUUCUGCCGCUACACCUUGCUACAUUCAUCUUUGACUCACUUUGUCUUCCAGGUGUUGUUGCAAACAGAAGCGUGGCAGAUGAGAAACUUGGAUUUGAGGCUGCUGUGACAGCAUUAGGUUUAAAAGCAAACGUGUCCGAGGCUGAGCACCCACUGCUGUGUGAGAGCACACGGAGACAGAGGGGAGAGCUAGCCAUGUCCAUGUUGGUUCAGUACAAGGAUGACCAGGUCAAGCUAAGCAAGAUAAUGGACAAAUUGCUGGACAAGGAAGUCCAUCAACUCUUCAAAGCUCCGAGCCUGGUGACAUACCUGUCUAGUAGCAAGACCUCUUCUAGUCAGGGCCCUAUACCAGGGCCUAGUCACGCUGCUGCCCAGGGAGAUAUGCAUGGAGCAGUUGGCAACAUGGCCGCCAACCACAACUCGGACAUGGACAAUUUGUUUGUCCCAGACCGAGCACCGAUGAUGGGAGGUGGCAACCCUGACAUAGGUGGGCAGUGGCAGGACGUACGACCUGGACCGUCAGGGGGAGCUGAUGCCCUGCCCCCUCAACACCCCUCCCACUCAGGCAGUGGGAUGAUCACUGGAGGGGCGAGGCCGAAGACUUACACUCACAGAUAUAACAUGAACAGUGGCAAGGACACUGACAGCUCUGCCCUGGAGGAAGAGGGAGAUGACAUCAAGGCUCUGGAAGCCAAGAUCCGGUGUCUGGGUAUGAAGAAGAAACCUUCCCAAGGUAUGGCCAGUAUUGACAGCAGCGCCCCGGAGACAACAUCAAGUGACAACUCCCCCACCCUGGUGCGACGCAACUUUGGCAAACAUCAGGGUCCCGGCAGCGACUGCGGCAGCAGCGGGGACAGCAGCGACUCCCUGGGCUCCAGCAGCUCUGGGGAUAAGGGUGCCAGGGGCCUGCAGAGAGACAACGAAAGGUGUGUUACUCAUCAUGCAGAUGAUGGGAAUCAGGAACGAUGUCCGCCCAGUCCAUACAUCAACAGGAUCCUGCCCUCACAGCUUAUGAUGGACUCAAGAAGCUCAACUCCCAACAUCAAAGGAAUCAGGUACAAGGGAAAGAACCGCAUCAUGCCAACAGUGCCCAAUCAGCCUAGUGAAGCUUCUGCCCACUUCAUGUUUGAGCUCGCUAAGACUGUGUUGAUGAAGGCAGGGGGUAACAGCUCGACGUCACUCUUCACACAGCCUUCCAACAGCAACAACCAGCAUGGUCCACACAGGAACCUGCAUCUAUGUGCGUUCCAGAUUGGCUUGUAUGCCCUUGGACUCAGCAACUGCGUGGCACCCAACUGGCUGUCUAGAACUUACUCCUCCCAUGUGUCUUGGAUCACAGGUCAAGCCAUGGAAAUUGGCAGCGCAGCAAUCAGGAUACUGAUUGAUACAUGGGAGGGUCAUUUGACUCCUCCGGAGGUGGCCUCCCUUGCAGACAGAGCUGCAAGAGGGCGUGACCCCAACAUGGCAAAAACUGCAGCAGAGCUUGCUUUGUCAUGCUUGCCACAUGCCCAUGCCCUGAACCCUACAGAGGUGCAGCGAGCCUUGUUCCAGUGUAAGGAACAGAGUCAGGAGAUGCUGGAGAAGGCGUGUCUGGCUGUGGAGACCGCAGCAGAGGGAGGGGGUGUGUUCCCCGAAGUCCUCUUCGAUGUGGCCAGACACUGGCAUGAACUAUCUGAAGAAGCUGCACAAAAGUCAUCAUCUGAAGCUGUGGAUGUCUGUGCCAGCGCUGCCAGGACAGUUCGAGUGGAGCCCGAAAAUCAGGCUCCUGUGGCUGUUCCUGUUGUUGCUGCUCCUGUCCAGCCUGUGGCUAACAACCCAGACAGGAAUAGCCCCUCAGCCCACCCAGUCCUUCCCUAUAACCACAACCCACCCCAGAGCCAAGCUAACGCUACAGCUAGUCCUCAGCUCCUGACCCAUAGCAGCAAUCCUGUGGCACACCAGGCCGUUGUACUAAGCCCCUAUGCUAUUCCACAGACUGGUCCUCACCAUGCACAGCUACCUCAAGCAUAUGUACAACACUAUAAUAACUGUUAUGUUCAACAAGUGCCUGCUGCUGCCUUCAGCCACUACUCACAGCCACACAUAGUACACCCUCACAGUAUCCAUCCAGCCUACGUGACGCAGUACUACCAGAACCAGGCUCCAUACGGCAACAUCCAGAACAUGUCUGGACACUCCCAAGUGUAUCACACAUCUGCCACCCACAUCCGACCAAUCACCCCAGCUGUUCCCAUCUACGCUGGAACUAACUGCCAAGUGGCAACAGUCCAAAACAUCUCCAACCCUAUCUCCAGUCACAUCCACGGUCUCCACCAGCUGGAGCCGACCACUAGCACAGCCUCCACUGGGACGAUGGGUCAGAUCGCAGUCGCCAGUCCCCAGCCGGCCGCCCAGCCCCCUGUACACAAUCAGGAGCAGCUCAAGUACCUGAUGGCAGCCUUCAGGGUGGGCAUGUCAGCUAUGGAGACACUUGCUCGUCGAGUCCAUGACGACCGCCCUCAGACAAAGUAUGCUCGGAACCCACCCUAUGGGGAGGAUGUCAAAUGGCUCCUGGCAAUAGCCAUCAAACUAGGAACGUCAACUCUCCAGCAGUUUUGUGCCAGUGCAGUGAAUGCUGUAGUGAGCCCCUUCGUCCUGUAUGACCUAGCAUCCGAGGCAGCCCGCUUCCUGGCCAGGAACAACCAAGCCCAUGUGCCUAGUCAGCUUAGAUCCAACAUCCUCAACUCCAUGUUCCAGAAGUGUCUGCAGAUGUUCAUACAGUGUGCCCAUCAGAGAAUUCAUCACAUAACAUAUGCUGACUAUGACGACUUCGUCAGCACAAUCUGCAGCGCCCGUAACGCAUUCUUCAUGGCCCCAGGUGGUGUCGUGCAGUUUAAUGAACUUCUUCAAAGCCUGCGACGCUCAAAAUCGUGUCGCAAAGAUCUAUGGCAGAAGAUCAUGGGAGGUCUAGCUACAGGCAGUGUUUGACGACAGGUUCUUGGUCCUUAGUCAAUUGUAGUUCAGAUAUUGUGUUCAGAUGUUGGAUGAUAAUGACUUAUAUUUGUAGCAAAAAUGAAGUCCUGUUAUUUUUUGUCUAUGAAAAUACAAAAAAAAUAUAUAAAAAAUUUACCAACCAACUGCCAGGAUUUUUGUGUGUGACGGGAAGUGAAUGCACACUUUGUGAGGCACUUCUUGGAAGUGUAUAUAUACAUGUAUUAUGAAUAGUAAUUGUUAGAAUUUUAACGUACUUAAAACAUUGUAUCUGUUCUGCAUGUUAUUUUAGAUUGUGAGAAAGUAAUUUAAAGAGUAUUUUUGAAAAAUGCUUAAUAAGCUGUUAAGUUGUUGAGCGUUUUCAGCAUUCACCUGUAUUUCCUCAUCUUAUUUCCUUUCCUUUUUCGUCAUGUGUAUUUAAACUCCAUAUUUAUAUACCCUUGUUAAUCAUAUUUUAUACAUUCAUUAGUUUGAUUUCAUUGAUCUUUAGAUAUUAUUGGUUAUGUUUUCUUUGCAUCUGUUGAAUGUUGAUUCCUUAUUUUGCCAUAUCUUACAAUUUCUACAGAACAAUUUCAUAUUCUGUUGUUGUAUUUACAGCUUUAUUAUGAUCUUUUGAAUAAAGCAUUAUUUUACAUAUCCAAAGAUUGGUCACUUAAUAAUUUUGAAACAAGAUAUGUAGAUUAUCGUCACAUUUUUUUUUUACUGAUUUCAGACAGCAUAAGAUUUGUAAUGAAAUCAUUGUAGAAACAGGGUUUGUUAAUAUCAUCUCAGUAUUUGCCAUAGGGUUCAGGUUGUGUCGGAGCAUACAACUCAAUGUGAAAUUGUUUUGUUGACUUCUGUAUACAGAGACAAAGACUAUUCUACAUUUAUUUUAUUACCCACUGGGGUUCUUGUUCUACAAAAUACUGUUUAUCAAUGCCAUCACCAAAUAUAUACAUAGAAACGAAUCGUGUCAGUGAAACUGAAAUUAUUAUUUCUCAUCACAAAGUCAUCACUCGUUCACAGGAAACAGUUGUCCUGUUGACUCCUCUAUGGAAACAAUUACUUGCUGAAUGUUAAAAAAGUUAAGCGAACUGUCUUUCUUCGAAAGGAAAAUAUUUACAUGCUGUAAAUGGGAUCGAGAUGUUCCAAACACAUGUAAUAGUGCUUUUUGCAUAAAUUAUAUAUCAGCCAUAAUGUAUUACUAAAUCUUUCUUCACAUUCCAUUUAGAUUGCAUCUCUUUAAACUGCUAUUCCAUUCAUACUGAGGUAACAUUUCCAACACUUCACUCGGAACUCAAAUAAUAAUUAUAAUAUUCUGAUAUUGUUUCAGUUCAAUUCCAAACAACUAUUCCUCAACUAUGGGGAUAAGUGAAACAUUGAUUAGUGUCAGUCCAAGUUAAUUAUGACUAAAUAUCUGAUAUGCAAAGUAAUAUUUUAAAUCCUAUGCAAAACUAUUCAAAACAACAGGUUCAUUUGCCCAAACACAUUUUAAUCUACUAUUCAAAUUUCAUGAUUCAUCCGUUGUCUAAAUGUCUAUGCAAAAAAUCAUGUUGAGGUAUCACACAUACAAAUUUAAAAUACUGCAGCGUUGUGAAAAUAGUGUAGAGCUUGCUACACUUUGCAGGAUUAAUUUAUUUUUGUAUGCUGUCAACCAUUAGUGACUUGUUUAUUUGUGACAAUUGAAUCCGCAUAUAGAUCUUUUAGCAGUUCUAGGACAUAUGUUGUAUUAUUUCUGAGACAUUUUGAAUUCAAAAUCAACAUUUGUACAUCUUAAAUUAAGUUACCUGCGUAUUAAGAAUAUAUUUAUUUAGAAUGUGUUAUUCUGAUAAAUCAAAUACAAAUGUGCACAUGUAGUGAGAACAUUCAAAUGUUUAAAGAUAUUGAUCAGACUUUGUCAUUUGACUCAACAUUAUCAGGUUGCUGAAAUUUCUUAAUUUCUGCAAAUUAGAUUAUUGAGUAAUUAUGUUGAUGUUGAAAACUUGUUAGGUGACAGAUAGUGUGACCUUUCCAUGUAAUGAGCGAAAGAUUUAGAGUGUGUCCAUUCUAUACCUCAGAAGUAAAGACAUGGUGGAUGGGAAAUUCUUGUGACAAAUGCUUGACGAUAUGUUGUUUUCACUUAUCCCAUGUAGGGCAGUAGAGCCCAUUAGGAUCGUCUUGCUUGCAUAUAGAAAGAUUUCCUCAGUGAAUGGGACAUGCAACAGGAAAACUGUUCGGGACAUGCUUGUCUAUGAUAAAAUUUCUUCUAGUUAAUUUAUUUCUAACAACAUAAGUCAUUUCUGGUGUCCUCCGCCAUGAUAUUGCUGGAAUAUUGCUAAAAGCGGCGUAAAACCAUACUCACGCACUCUGAAAAGAUAAGUUAUUGUUCUUUAUUGGCAGGGGACAUGGGUGGCCCAGUCGUCUGCGAUUCGCUGUGCAGAGUUGUGCCCCUUGGGCACGCCAGAAAUCUAUGAUAGUGGGUUCGCCCCUAUGAUGUUUCUAGGUUUGUCAGCACCAUACCCAUGCUCGUGCAUCACUUCGGGCUUUCCUCCCACAUUAAGCUGACACGCCAUGAUAUAACUGGAAUACUGUUAAAAGUGGCGUUAAACCUAACUCACUCACUCACUUAAUUGGCAAUCAAAAUAUUCAGCAUUCUAUCUACAAAUAGUGUCUGCAUAAUUUCUGUGAAGGAUUCCACCAGUAAAGAACAUGAUUGCUCAGUAUAUAUUUAACCAUGCCAUUCCUGAAACUAAACCUUUCUAACAAAUAGACAAUUUAGAUUAAACUUGACCCUUUCAUUUGAGUAACCAUUUUCAAAAAGGAGUGUCUAUUCAGCAACAAGGCCACUGAGAGUCUAGAGAGACGGCCUCUACAGCCCUGUUUGCAAUGUCAGCUUAUGGUAUGACUUUUGCAUUCAUGUAUUGCAAGUGGUGAAAGUAGGCUCCAAGCACCUGUCGCUUCCUUAGUGAUCUUCCAUUGACACAACAGGGUCUCCAGCUUCCCAGGCUUCCAUGAACCUCAGUCAGGAAUAAAAGCUCACUCAGAGGGUGUUCUAGAAGACCAGGGAUGAACUGUGUCAAACACUUGUUACAAAGGAGUCUAGAAAACGUAUUAGAGUUUAUUUUGAAAGUUGACUUCAAAGGAAGAUUUGUUAAUGCACAUUUUGUACUGUGUGCUUGUAAGUUGUUUUAAAGGAUUGUUUUAUUGCUUCCUCGUCUAUUUGGAUGGCUACAUUGUAGUUACUAGUUCCAUUAAUUGCAGCAACAUCAUAAAUACGAUUCAGGGGUUUUCUCUUGAAAGUCAUUUGUUAAAAUGUUCAUAGCUGAUUUUGAAAUUCAAGUAGACUUUGAAAUCAAAAUUAGGAUUAUUAGUCUCAAGGUCAUUUAGUUGCGAUGCAGAAAUUAUUAUUAGUCUUCAGAUGUCAGGAGUUUCAUAUAACUGCACUAUUCAUGGAGAGGAUGAUGGAAUUUAAUCCAGAUAAAAUGUUAUAAUAUAAUAUCAAGGUAACAAAAAACACCAAGCUGUAAACAAUUGUACAAAUUUUCAAAAGAAUACUAAGGAACAGGUUUGAUUUGUAAGCACUGCUUUCAAUCAGUGACCAUUUGAGCAAUAUUUCAUUGAUUGUUAUCAUAACUCUCAUUUGAUGUUUAAUGUCAUUUCUGAAUGAAUGUAAAUCUUUGUCAAAUUAAAUACAAGAAUGAGUGCAAUAAUAAUUACUUCAUUUCUGAUUGUCAUCCUCAUUUUCCAAAUUACCAGUUAAUCAUUUUUAUAAGUAGAUGCUGAUAUAUUUUUUUGGUGUAUUUAUUCCUCAGAAUUGCUCAUUUGUUUAUGUGUGCAGUCUUGUUGCAAUGUUGAGAACAUGGCACAUGGUUUGACAGGUUAUCAGGUAAUCUUUAUCCCUAUUUUCAUCAAGUGAUGAAAUUCAAACCUUAACAAACACGGUCUUAUCAAAAUAAAUAUUUUUUAUCUGAAUUCAAAAUUAAAGUGAAAGACGCAUUUUAGCUUGGGAAAAAAUAUUUUAUUUAAUUGUUUUAGACAGCAAGCAAUGACUUAAUCUUUAAUCAAAGAAAUGUGGAAUUCAUAUAUUGCAUCCUCGGUAAUCCUGUGUACAAUAUCUGCAUACAUUUUUUUAUAAUUACCUUGGACCCAUUCCCUACCAUAGCUUUGUUUAGAGCCUGAUGAGAAUAGCAUGAUGAUAAAACUAGUCAUUCUGUCAAAUUAACAAGCGAGAACAAUUUUGUACUCCGAGAGAAGAGCAGUGAAGGUGGAUACAUGACUUCUGUAAUGAAGCUAUGGUCUGAAUGGGUCCAGGGUAUUUAUCCUUCUACAAUGGAGAUGUAAUACACCAGAUAAUCUAGGAUGCUACAUGGUAGCCCAUGUGCCAUUAAGAUGCCAGUUCAAUGUUCCAUUUUGAACUAUGUUUUGAGAAUUACUUGAUCUCUUUAUCUCAGUUUCAAAGAACUUACCAUGACUUCAUGAUUAUAUUGUUCUGCAAAUCAUUGCAAUUAUGUCAUGGACCUGUUAAGUAUGUGAAAUGUGUUACUUCUACGUCGAAUGUUGAUGAAUAACAUCACAAUAAGAACUGUUAAACUUUUAUUCAAUAAAUUUUCAUGGCUGCCAUUCAUUUUCAAUGUGAGAUGUAUAAAGAUGUUCAUGAUAUAAGCUAAUAUUUAUUCUGUGACGCUGCUUCUUCACAUUAAAUUAUGCUUCCUUAACUUCUCAAUAACUUAACUGUUAAUUUGUUUGAAGGAAGUGGCUUUUGUCAAUGUUGGCUCCUUUCUUAUGUAUUUGAGUAAAUACGAUUAGAAUAUGGUUGACAAUCAUCAUGGCUAACAACAUUCAUUUUCUUCAGAAGAAAGACAUGAUCAUACUGUAAGAAAACUACACCAUGGGGACACAUUUGGGAAAGUAAAUGAUUUUUGAAACCAGAAAUAUCUUGAGCCACUGAACCCAGGGGCAUGGCCGACCCUCAUUUUGUACCCUCCAUUCUGUAACAUUACUGAGCUGGAAAACAGCGUAAAAACAGUCACUGCUUGCUUCAUUUGAUUUCUGCUUUAGACAGUAUUAAAAUAUGUUCCUGUCAAUUAAUUUAUUGGUUGAAUAUGCUGUUUCUAUCAGCCUUGUACUGUUUGUGUCUGUGAAUUUGGUGAUGAUAACUUUGUUUCAAUAAAGAACUUUGUCCAACAACCUCA